GAGACAGUAGAGAGAGAAAACAAAGAGUACGGAGAUGGCGUAUUGAAUGGGCGAAGAAUUCACUGUCUCUUCUCUUCUUUUCCAUCUCAAUCUCUCUUGACACUUUCUUUCUCAUUCAACAUUGCGAUCAGGUAAAACUACACCACAAACUAAACUCAGCAGUCUGAGAAGACUGCGGAAAAUCAACCAGAACUGACAUGGAAGCCAAUGCCGGAAUGGUCGCUGGUUCUUACAAGAGGAACGAGCUCGUUCGGAUUCGCCACGAUUCCGAUAGUGGGCCCAAACCCGUGAAGCAUUUGAAUGGCCAAAUAUGUCAGAUCUGUGGUGACACUGUUGGAUUGACAGCCAAUGGAGAUGUAUUUGUUGCCUGCAAUGAGUGUGCUUUCCCGGUUUGUCAUCCUUGUUAUGAGUAUGAAAGGAAAGAUGGGAACCAGUCUUGCCCCCAGUGCAAGACUAGGUACAAGAGGCAUAAAGGGAGUCCUCGAGUGGAUGGAGAUGAUGAUGAGGAUGAUGUUGAUGAUUUGGAGAAUGAGUUCAAUUAUGCACAAGGAAACAACAAUUCAAGACGCCAGUGGCGAGGAGAAGAUGCUGACCUCUCAUCUUCCUCUAGACAUGAAUCUCAGCAGCCUAUUCCCCUUCUCACUAACGGGCAACCGGUAUCUGGUGAGAUUCCCUGUGCUACACCCGACAACCAGUCCGUGAGAACCACAUCAGGUCCUUUAGGUCCUGGGGACAAACAUCUUCCUUAUGUUGAUCCUCGGCUUCCAGUUCCAGUGAGAAUUGUGGAUCCAUCCAAAGACUUAAAUGCUUAUGGUCUUGGGAAUGUUGACUGGAAAGAAAGGGUUGAAGGUUGGAAGCUCAAACAGGAUAAAAAUAUCAUCCAGAUGACCAGUAGAUAUCCGGAGGGGAAGGGAGACAUGGAAGGGACUGGUUCAAAUGGAGAGGAACUCCAAAUGGCUGAUGAUGCUCGACAACCAUUGAGUCGUGUGGUGCCCAUUCCUUCAUCUCAUAUAACUCCUUAUCGUGUUGUGAUCAUACUUCGGCUUAUUAUUCUGGGUUUCUUCUUACAAUACCGUACAACUCACCCUGUGAAAGAUGCAUACCCACUUUGGCUAACAUCAGUUAUCUGUGAAAUUUGGUUUGCCUUGUCUUGGCUUCUGGAUCAAUUUCCAAAAUGGUCUCCUAUUAACCGCGAGACCUAUCUGGACAGGCUUGCGCUGAGGUAUGACCGAGAAGGGGAACCAUCGCAGUUGGCUCCUGUCGAUGUGUUCGUUAGUACUGUGGAUCCCCUCAAGGAGCCUCCUCUUGUAACAGCAAACACUGUGUUGUCCAUACUUGCUGUGGAUUAUCCCGUUGACAAAGUGUCAUGCUAUGUAUCAGACGAUGGUUCAGCAAUGCUGACCUUCGAAGCUCUUUCUGAAACUGCAGAGUUUGCUAGAAAAUGGGUUCCCUUUUGCAAGAAACACAACAUUGAACCUAGGGCCCCUGAGUUUUAUUUUGCCCAAAAGAUAGAUUACUUGAAGGACAAGAUACAGCCUUCUUUUGUGAAAGAGCGCCGAGCAAUGAAGAGAGAGUACGAAGAAUUUAAGGUGCGGAUCAAUGCUCUUGUUGCAAAAGCACAGAAGAUGCCAGAAGAAGGUUGGACAAUGCAGGAUGGCACUCCAUGGCCUGGAAAUAAUCCAAGGGAUCAUCCGGGAAUGAUUCAGGUGUUCUUAGGUCAUAGUGGGGGCCUUGACACUGAUGGGAAUGAGCUGCCUCGACUUGUUUAUGUUUCUCGUGAGAAGCGACCUGGCUUCCAGCAUCACAAGAAAGCCGGAGCAAUGAAUGCACUGAUUCGGGUCUCAGCUGUCCUGACCAAUGGUGCCUAUCUGCUGAAUGUGGAUUGUGAUCACUACUUCAAUAACAGCAAGGCUCUUAAAGAAGCGAUGUGUUUCAUGAUGGACCCUGCUUUAGGGAAGAAGACCUGUUAUGUACAGUUCCCCCAGCGUUUUGAUGGCAUUGACUUGCACGAUCGAUAUGCAAAUCGCAAUAUUGUCUUCUUUGAUAUCAACUUGAAAGGGCUGGAUGGCAUCCAGGGUCCAGUCUAUGUGGGAACUGGUUGUUGUUUCAACAGGCAAGCUCUUUAUGGGUAUGAUCCAGUUUUAACUGAGGAAGAUUUGGAACCAAAUAUUAUCAUCAAGAGUUGUUGUGGUUCAAGAAAGAAGGAAAAGGGUAGCAAUAAGAAGUACAUUGACAAGAAGAGAGCAGCUAAAAGAACUGAGUCCACCAUUCCGAUUUUCAAUAUGGAAGACAUUGAGGAGGGUGUUGAAGGUUAUGAUGACGAGAGGGCACUUCUUAUGUCUCAGAAGAGCUUAGAGAAGCGUUUUGGACAGUCCCCCGUUUUUAUUGCAGCUACCUUUAUGGAACAAGGAGGGAUUCCACCAUCAACCAAUCCUGCAACUCUUUUGAAGGAAGCAAUCCAUGUUAUUAGUUGUGGAUACGAAGACAAGACUGAGUGGGGCAAAGAGAUUGGAUGGAUCUACGGUUCAGUGACAGAAGAUAUCUUAACUGGGUUUAAGAUGCAUGCUCGUGGUUGGAUUUCAAUCUAUUGUAUGCCCCCUCGUCCGGCAUUUAAGGGGUCUGCUCCCAUCAAUCUUUCUGAUCGUUUGAACCAAGUGCUUCGAUGGGCCUUGGGAUCAAUUGAGAUUUUGCUCAGCAGGCAUUGCCCUAUAUGGUAUGGUUACAACGGGAGACUCAAGCUUUUGGAGAGGCUGGCAUACAUCAACACCAUCGUGUACCCCCUUACCUCUAUUCCUCUGCUUGCGUACUGUACGCUUCCUGCCUUUUGCCUUCUCACCGGAAAAUUCAUCAUUCCCGAGAUAAGCAACUUUGCUAGCAUGUGGUUCAUCCUGCUUUUUGUCUCCAUUUUUGCUACUGGAAUUCUUGAGCUCAGGUGGAGUGGUGUCAGUAUUGAGGACUGGUGGAGAAACGAACAAUUCUGGGUUAUUGGUGGAACAUCAGCUCAUCUUUUUGCCGUCUUCCAAGGUUUGUUGAAGGUGCUUGCUGGGAUUGACACCAACUUCACUGUCACUUCUAAGGCAUCAGACGAUGAUGGGGACUUUGCCGAGCUUUACGUGUUCAAAUGGACAUCUCUUCUCAUCCCUCCAACCACGGUUCUUCUUGUUAACUUGGUGGGUAUUGUUGCCGGUGUCUCAUAUGCCAUAAACAGCGGUUACCAGUCUUGGGGUCCAUUAUUCGGGAAGCUUUUCUUUGCCAUAUGGGUCAUUGCCCACUUGUACCCAUUCUUGAAGGGUCUAUUAGGUCGUCAAAACCGUACCCCAACAAUUGUCAUUGUUUGGUCCACUCUUCUUGCUUCCAUAUUCUCCUUGCUCUGGGUGCGCAUCGAUCCAUUCACAUCUGACUCGAAGGCUUCAUCGGGUCAAUGUGGUGUCAACUGUUAGUAUACUUGGAACAUCAUUUUUGUUUGGUGGUAAACACCAUCUCUCUCUUUCACCUUCUGUGUGUAUAUAACAAGAAAUCGGAGCAUUGAAGAAAUCAACAGGAUUUAAGUUAUGUA